UGGCGUAUUGUUGUGCCACGUGCCAUCGUUUCGCAAAGAUAUUACCAUUAUUAUUUUCUCACAUCCAUAUAGCAUCCUGAUUGAGCAAGGAAAGGAUUACGCGCAAUUAAGAGGUUUAUUCGAACUUUUAUUCAAAUGUGCAGUGUGAAUUUGCACAUUUCAUCGUCGUCGCCAGACGAUAACUUUUUGUUUUCAGUAUAUAACACAUACGUCAUUGCAUUUUGGAAGAAUAGUUAAAAUGGCAGAGACAACGAGAAAAAGUAUAUUGGAUGUGGUGGAAAAAAAUUUAAAGAUUAUUAACUACAGUACAUACGUAACACGAAUCUCGUAUUUUGGAGAAUAUUUUCACAGUUCGGAAGAAUUGCAAGAGGUAAUGAAAAAGAUCGUCAAAGCACUGCACGUGGAUUCGAAUGAAAAUCUCGUGACCGGUUUGUUACUCGUUUAUCCAAAAUUUUACAUACAUCUCUUGGAGGUACGUUUUCACGUGAUUGUAUCGAACAAAAGGAAAAAUAGUAAUAAGCCCUUAAUCGCAAUAAGUUAAGAUCAUUAAAAAGAAUUUUGAGAAAGGA